AUGGCACCAAGUAUAAGGGAUUUUAUCAAGUUCCAUUUAGGAAUAUUACAGAGACAUAAGGAUGAAGAUGCUGGUGAACAAUUAUGGAAAAACCUAAAGAGAAUGUUAGAUGCACUCCCUGGGUAUAUGAAUUAUGUGGAUCCUACAGUACAGACGCUGUGUGAGAAAGAUUUCAUGAAAGGCCAAUUGGGGGAUAGUCAUAAUUGGGACGAAGCGCUAUGCAAGUCCCUAGUGAAAAUAUUCCUCUGGAUGAAUGGUCGGAAUCAGCAUUUGCGUAAGCAGAAGAAGGGGGGAGAAGGAGGCACGGAAAUAGAUGAUAUGGAGCUCAUGUUCCGAUGUAUUGCUGGGAAUGCGGCCAUAUGGGCCAUGUUUGGAGAUCAUUGUCAACUGAACAGUAUGAUAGAUUAUGCAACGGAGGCAGUUAGUGGAGUGUUGCAAGCAUUUGAUGGUGAUGGAACUGUGAGGAAAUGUGGGGACCACACUUUUAAGGAACAGAAAGUAGGGACACAAUUACUAGGUGAUAAAGUAAAGGAUUGGGUAAAGUCAAACUGGUAUAAUAUACAGGACUAUUGGAACGUUUCGAGAGAGCAGAGGGAUUUAUGCAAGGAAGGAAAGAAUAGUUCGCAUGGCAGAAAUGAGGAAGGCGCUGAUGAUAUCAUUCUCCAGACUGUUACAGGAUACACUGGGAAAGAAAUGCAGGAAGUGAAGGAAAUAAUUGAAAAGGAAGAAUUCGUAGAUAAGAAGAGUGUGAAUGAAAUAGUGGAAAAAAUAGAGAAGGACGAGUUAGUUGAUGAUGUAAGUAUAGAGAGGAAGGUAGAAGAGAAGGUCGAAGAAAGGAAGGCAGCUGUUGCAGCUGCUGCAAAGAGUAAUGAUCCCUGCGAACUUGUAAAGAUUGUAACAGAUAAAUGGUUCACAAAUAGGGAUCAUAAGGAAAGUGAUAAAAAAUGGAGCACAAUUCAGAAGAAUGUCGAAGGUCAAUGGAGAAGCCUCCUUGAGAAAAUAACUGUGGAUGAUGGACAUAAUGACCAAUAUUGUAAUGACGCUGCAAGGACAGGUAAUACAUUGAAUGGAGCAGAGAAGAAAGCAUGUCAAUACAUUACUAAAGGUUUAAGGCACAUUUCUGAAAUUAAAGAAGAAGAGGGAGAUCAGAAGAACAAAGCUGAUAACCAAAAAUUUAAACAAACCAUGGCAUGUGUUGCAUUAAAUGUGUUCGCAAAGAAGUUAAAAGAGCAGAAUCUUACCUGUUCAGUAAGUGCAGGUAUAGAUCAUGCCUUCAAUAAAAGUAGUGAACUUAAAACUGCAUGUACAGGUAGUGGUUGCAUGGAGUGUAAACUGGGGGACUACUCAAAAUGCAGCAUAAGAGAUCAGGAGUUAGGACCUAAAUUGAAUGAAAUGCUCCAACAGAACGAUGACAAAAUACAAAAAACUCUCACUACCAUAAGAAAUGCAACUACCUUAUGUCAACGAGCAAAUUGCGCAGCGACCAAUUGGUUUAAUGAUAGAAAUGGAAAUGAAAAGCAAACCUGGUGUACAUUCUGGGAUGUUGAUGCCAAAAGUAGACUGAAGGAGCUGUCUGAAGGAAUAACGAAAGAGAAAGAAGAUUCAAACAUUAGUUCACUGUGUGGGAACACUGAUGGAAGAAAUACUAUAAUAACGGACACAGAAAAGAAGGCUUGUGGGUUCAUUAUUGCUGGGUUAAAAUACCUUUAUAGUAUUAUGGAGAAUAAUGACGAGAAGAACAGGGUGAAAGCAAGGAAUAAUAGACUAACAGAGCAAACCAUGGGCUGUCUAUUCCUCAACGCAUUCGCAGACAAAUUAAUACAGGAGCUUAAACGCCCCUGUUACAUUACAGAAAAAGAUAUAGAAGAUAUGUUUGCUAAAGGAAAUAAGAAGAUUGAUGAUUGGUGUAAGCAUAAGGUGAAUGGUAAGGGUGAUUGUUUUGUAUGUACAAGAGACCCAAACUAUAAAAAUUGCACAUUAAACGUGAAUGAAGACCUGUUCAAUGAAAAUGAAAGUGGAAAUUGCGAAAUAGGAAAAGACAGUAACGGAGCCAAUAUAGGAGACAAAGUGGAGAAAGUGUUCGAGGAAGGGGAAAAAGACAUAAAAAAGGGGCCGAAAAUAAAGGAAGCUCUGACUGCUCUAGCUGAUAUAAAUAAGAACAAUGUCUCCUUAUGUAAUCGUGUAAAAUGUAUAUACUAUAGGUGGGGAGAAAACAGAAAAGACAGCGGAAAUUAUCCAGACGGGGAAAAAUUUUGGAAUCCCGACGUCGAGACUAGACUGAAGAACUUGUCUGAAGCUAUAACUAAGAAGAAUGGAAUCGACGCAAGUUUAUGUAAAAAUAUUCAAGAUGGGAAAAGUGGCCCAACUUCAGAAGAAGGAAAAAAGGCUUGUGAACUCAUUGUUAAGGGUUUAAAACAUAUUUAUGAAAUUAAAAAGGGAACAGACGGAGAGCAACAGAAGAUUGAGGACGACCUCAUAUUCCACCGAACUUUCUCUUGUAUCUUCUUGAAUAUAUAUGCAGAUCUACUGAUCGAGAAAAAUAAGAAUUGUAUUACUGAACCAACUAUAAAGAAUGCAUUUGAAAUCGGAAAUAAAAAGAUGAGUGAAUGGUGUACGGAUAAUGUUAAUGGUGAUUGUGUUAAAUGUGAGAGGGAGAGCGGCUAUAAAGAUUGCAGAAUAAAGGAAGGAGACAGUGGUACAAUAGGGGACAGAAUGGAAGAGAUGCUGGACCCACAGAAGAACAAGGAUCCAAAGAAACAGGAAAUAAAGCAAGCUAUGGAAGCAAUAAAUAAAAUAUGUCCUGACCCACCUGUGGCAGUCAAACCAUCCACCGCAGCAAAACCUGUUGCUGCCAAACCAGCCGCCAUUAAACUGGAAGUUAAGGAUAAUUGCACCAUAGAGGGGUUGGAAGAUGACGAGGAAGGUAUGGUCUGA